UCUCAUGCCAGCUUUGCUUUUCAUCGACUUUCUUUCUCCAGAUUCUCCCCUCUUGACUUCUAUAUCUUCCACUUUUCCUACCUUCCCGAUCAGAUCUCUAAAAACCCAUUAAGAAGAAAACCUCCAGUGAAUCACCCAUGACGCUUGGCUCAGGAGGAUCGAGUGUCGUGGUGCCUCGGAACUUCAGAUUGCUGGAGGAGCUUGAACGUGGAGAAAAAGGUAUUGGAGAUGGUACUGUGAGCUAUGGAAUGGAUGAUGGAGAUGAUAUUUACAUGCGCUCUUGGACUGGCACCAUUAUUGGUCCUCAUAAUACGGUACACGAGGGCCGAAUCUAUCAACUGAAGCUGUUUUGUGAUAAAGAUUAUCCUGAGAAGCCGCCAAGUGUCCGUUUUCAUUCAAGGAUCAACAUGACUAGUGUUAACCAUGAAACCGGAGUGGUGGAACCGAAGAAGUUUGGACUCAUUGCUAAUUGGCAGAGGGAGUAUACAAUGGAGGAUAUUCUGACACAGCUGAAGAAGGAGAUGGCUUUCCCCCAUAACCGAAAGUUGGUCCAACCAGCCGAGGGUACCUACUUCUAGCUCUCGAGAUCAUAUUCGAUAUUAUCCUGGAUCGAAUUGCAUUCGUAGAAAUGCAAUAUAUAGUUUGUAAUGGUUGUUUGAUCCUUGCAUUAAGAACAAAAUGGGGAAUGCUCUGGAAAAAAAAAAGCUUCUCCAAUUACUUAUCUUUGGCUUCAUCUCUUCAAUCCUUUUUGUCAAAACUCUGUUGAACGGCUUCCAUUUGAUUAA